AAAAGUUGUCCCAACACAAUUUUCUCUCCACAAACUGACAAAGCUAAGAAUUCAGUAAAAUUACAACAACUUCGACUAGUACAGUACAUCACAAGUAAUCGGUUGGGCAACGUCUUGUGGAUUGGCAACUUCGAACCCGGUAGUAAUGGUACGUACAACCUGCACUGUCUUUCUUAUACGAUUUCCGAUUUCAAACGGGAAUCUAUCCAUUCGCAGGGUACUCGUUCGGAAUGCCACUUUGGCUCAAAAAUCUCCCUAGUGGCUCGAAACGACCACCAUACAGUGCUGGCAACACGCCUCCGAGUGGUCUCAGCAUCCACACAGCAUAUGUACGUGAGGUAAACGGGAGAGUGAGUGCCGCGCGCGAGAGCGCAAUGCAAGCAGCAAGGAAUCCAACCGAAUGAAACGAACGGCGAUGGCCAGACAGGAUAGACGAGACACGGCGAAGAACUAAAACCAGCCACUAGCCAGAGCUGACGGUCGCGAUUUUCGUUUGCUCCGCCGUGCAGUGAAUUUCGAGUCGGAAAAUCUCGCCCAAAAGUGUCACGUCCGCGGUCAGGUGUACCGAAAAGUGGUUUCGGUGGGCGCAGUGUCGCCGUUUGGCCAGAAAUCGGCCCGGUUCGCGUUCGGUAGUGCAGAAAAAAUUGACCCCAAAAGUGUGCCCUUUGUUUGGUCGGUCCCAGUCUCCGACGACGACCAUUGAAAACCAUUAUUUCCGAAGUAGUCGUACAGUCGUUGUCGUUGAUGGAAGGAAUAAACGGCGAGGAAGGAGAAACAGGAAGAAGCAGAAAGUCGCUCACCACAUCACCUUAAUUCGUUGGCUACCGCACACCGUUCUCACUUCGUACGUUGAUCGUCGUAGUGUUUCAUGCUUAUGCUGCUGCCCGAAGAGCAAUCGAAGAGUGCCGCCGUAGUGUGUAUUUCGGUUCGUGUGAAGUGUGUACUCUCGUGAGUACUCAUCGUGUGUUAGUGUUGAUGUGAUUCCGACGAGCGCUCGCUGGUCAGUCGGCAAAACGGUGAGUGAGAAGCGAAAGCAUCAGUCAGCAACUAGCAAGAGUGUUUAUGCGUUUGUGUACCAUCAUCUUCUCCGUUCCGUUCUUCUUCGCAACAUAGUUGUGUAUCUUUUUGGGAAAGCGCUGGGGCAAGUGUUGCCAACACACGGAGCACGUCCUCGUCCAUACAUAGGGAAUAUUAGCAGGCAGCAGUGAUGAUCUAAAUGGUGGCCGUUUGUUGAUUCCACGAAUAUUUACACGUACACGGUGAACGGUCGCUUUACGGGCACAAGGUGCUCGAAGAAGAGAAGAGUUCCCGAAGAAUCCGGUGGAUGGUCGAGUUCCCUCUGGAAGGUUGGAGCUGUAUGACAAGAAAAGAUCUGUGCGCUGCUGGACCCCAACGCCAGUGUCGUAGUGUGUAGUAGCAUAGGAUAUACUGCGGGAAGCACAAAAAAGUGAGUGAGAUUCCCGUUAGGUCGAUCGGACUCUGCCUGCCGGUCGGUCGGUUGGCGGUGCCAUCGAAGAGCUAGCGCGCGCGGCCGCCACACUGCAGCCAUCGUCGUCAUAUCAAACAAGGCAAGCCGUCUUCUUGACGGUGGUCGGUCGGUCGGUCGGUCCUCUGUACCGUGCUCGACGACUCCGAGACUCGAGCGCGAGUGUCGGGUUUGCCCUUUGGCUGCCUCAUUCUACCUCUGAGUGGUGUGUGGACUGUGGAGCCUCAACUCGACGGAUGGAAGACGGGAACUGGCGCGAGAACUGAAACCACUACCACAACAGUCAGCGCGCGGACAGACCCGUUUCGAGGUCUUGUUUUUUUGUUUGGUAUUUUCUUGCCGAAGACAGGCAGCCAGCCGGGAGUGAUUCACUGGGAGUGAGUUAGUGAGCGAGUGAGUGCACAAGCAUAGAGAGAAAGAGCAUAAAAGUGAUGGAUUAACACAUAAAAGGUGCUAAAAAAUUCUCGGAAAACUUGGUAAGGCAGGUUUUCCUCUCGCAUGCCUCAGGCCCGCGCCGAUCCGGUGGAAGCGGUGGUGAAAGAGAAAACGGAACGGUCUCACCGUUGCUGGCGUGUCAACAUUGUCAAAAACCUCCGAGACCAAAGUGAAAUUAGCGUCGUUUAGCGUCGGCUCGGCGGCGGCAACCGCGUAAGAAGAAAGAACACCUCCUAAAGCCACCAUAUCACAUAGUAGGCUGCGUAGGGAAGGCGCGCGCGGGUGAAAAGUUUGAAGAAGCAAAAGAAGAAGAGGAUGAUGGAUUGUUGAAGGUGUGAAAGGAUGUUGAAGAUUUCCCCCGCGGCUACCUAGCUGGGGAUCCAUCAUAAAAAAGGAUCACUGAUUCAUUACCUGGAACGCGGGGACCGCCGUGUUUGAAAUGGAUGGCCAGUUUUGUGCGGGGUCGCGUUGCUUUGUGUGUGUAUGGGAUUGUGACACUCACGACGGCCAAGGAUUGUGAGUGAAAAGUGGCUACAAUAGCAAUAACAGUGAAUGAAACAGCGGAAUAGCGGCACGAAAGGCAAGAAGAGAAAAUGAUAGUACUCCACUACUCGCCUACUGGGGUUACCUAUACCAGUGUAUAUGCAGAUGUGAAUUAACCUCCGAGAAGAAAGUUGAAUUUUGUUAUUAUUGUUGGUGUUAUAACAGAGAAGAACCGUGUGUAUACAGCACACGCUUGCUGAGAUUGUGUAUACAACAAGGUGCCGAGAUUGCUAGCUUGACUGGCUUGCUUAGCUGGCCUGCCCUCCCUCCUUUAGGGGUGUUGUAACUCGGAAGGAAAUAUUCGAGAGUGUUAUAAUACUGUAGUAGCACCCGACCCGACAUUGUCAAAGAGGUGGCGACGAGAAGCGCAUAAAACACCCUUCUCAAGAACGCGCGCGCCCCUGGUGAAAUUAUGUAAUCCUUCGGCACGGAUUCUGACUCCGUGAUUGAUGAGCUUCUAGCUGCCCUGGCUGGUCUGCAAUGUUCCUUCGUCUUUGCCAGCAGCUACACCAGUAGUCGACGGCGACUACGCGAUGGAGAUUCAACGAUCGAAGCAGAUAAUUCGCAAUCACCGGAACAGCAUGCAGAGGGUCCAUUCCAUUCCGAAUAAUUGGAUUAGCAACAGCAGCAGCAGCAGUACUGAGUGUGAAUGAUAUGCACCAGCAAUCGUUAAAAUCCAUCGGCAGCAGAAGAAAACGAAAAAGAAGAACGCAGCCAUGAGCCAAACGACGAUGAUGACAACGACUAUCAUGGCAAGCGUCGGUAAUUUGAGGCAUAGGGGGAGAAGGAGGAAGUUCCGGGCAUCGGAGGCCAGCUGUUCCAACUGGAGGAGCGUUUGGAGCAGUGUGGCGUUAUUGCUCAUGACGCUCCCGACGCUCAACUUUGCCCUGGCGCCCAAGUACGAGACGGCGUACGCGUGCGAGGGCAAGACGCUGAUGAUCGAGUGCGAGAAUGGCGACCUGAUCAACCUGAUCCGCGCCAACUACGGGCGGUUUUCGAUCACAAUUUGUAAUGACCACGGGAACGUGGACUGGAGCGUCAACUGUAUGUCGCCGAAGAGCUUGAGGGUGCUGCACUCGAAGUGCGCCCAGAAGCAGAACUGUUCGGUGCUGGCGUCGACGAACAUGUUCGGGGACCCGUGCCCCGGGACGCACAAGUAUCUGGAGGCGCACUACCAGUGCGUAUCAGCGGCGCAGUCGUCUACGACGACGAACAGGCCAAGUCCGCCGUGGCUGAAGACUUCGCAGCCGAUUGUGUGGAGCACUUCGACGGUGCGGAACCCGGUGCUGAGUAAGCUGAACUUUUCCGAUCCGCUGGCGGGUUUCGGGGUGACGUCUUCGGCGUCGGCGAGUAGCGGGAGCGUCGGUACCACGACGGCCGUUGGGAAGGUGAAACCGACGACGCCGUACAAGCAGCAGACGCUGAUGGUGAACCAGCAGUCGCCGCCGUCGUUUCGAGGCAAAGGCGUGAACGAUGAUAUGGCGAUUAUCAAGACAAUUAGUGGUGGCAGCGGCAGUGAUGCGGCGAAACGGGGGAAGGGUGAAAGUGCUCCGGAAGAUGAUGAAGAUUUCGGUGACGAUGAAGACUAUUUUCCGACGCAAACGGCAGUAUUAUCCAACGCUAAUAGAGAUAGGGAUAGCGGAAGUGAUGGUAGCAAAAGCUACGACGAAAGCAAUGUUUCAUUAGGUGGAAACCAUCCUAGCAGUAAGAAGAAUGAUGAUAAUCACGGCGAUAGUAGUAACAACUAUAAUAGUGGUAGUAAUAGCAAUAGCAUUAGUGGAAAUAGCAACAGCAACAGCAGCGUCAGCGGUGUUGUGAAUAAUGUGUUAGAUGUGAGUCACGCGUGUGGUCCUACGACGGCGCGGAAUCUGUUUUGGAAUGUGACUCGGGUUGGGGAGGCGAACGUGCAGCCCUGUCCGGGUGGGGCCACCGGCAUUGCCAAGUGGCGAUGCGUAGCAAUAGGAUCGCUGACGCCGGAGCAGCGGAUGCACUUGCAGCAACAAUCAUUACUAGAUGAUAAUAACAAAAGUGAUAUUAGUUUUAAUAGUAACCUUAGCGGUAGGAGUGGCGGCGGCGGCGGCAGCGGCGGUGCGACAGGAGGUGGUGCAGUGGCCACGUGGUACUCAUAUCAACCGGAUCUGACGCAGUGUCGAUCGCUGUGGCUCAACAACCUGGAGAUCCGGGUAAACCAGCAGGACUCGUCGCUGAUUUCGAUCGCGAACGAUCUGUCGCAGGUAACGAGCAGUAAAACGCUGUACGGAGGAGAUAUGCUAGUCGCAACGAAAAUCAUGCAAACCAUGUCGCAGAAGAUGCACUUCGAUAUCGAAACCCUGCCGGAUCAGCGACAGCGUGAGGCGUUGGUGUACGAGCUGUUGAAUAGUGUAGUAAAAACCGGAAGCAAUCUGUUGGAUCAGUCCCAACAUGCCAGCUGGCUGGAUUUGAGUGUGGAGGAUCAGAUGCGGGUGGCGACGUCGCUGCUGACCGGGUUGGAGGAUAAUGCGUUCCUGCUGGCCGAUACGAUUCUUCGGGAACGACACGUUGUUCAGAAGGUGAAGAACAUCCUGCUCUCGAUACGAGUGUUAGAGACAAGGAAUUUUGUAAAGAAUGAAGUGUUCCCGGACUCCAGUCAGGAACGGUGGCAGGUUAGUAACGAUCAGAUAGAACUGCCCAAAGCGGCGCUGAUAGAGAACAGCGAAGGCGGAUUGGUGAGGAUAGUAUUUGUGGCAUUCGAUCGGUUAGAACAAAUCUUGAGGCCACAAUCGUCUAACGUUCAGCAACCACGUGUCGAUCAGAACAAACUGGAGCAGGAUGAUUCAAAUGCAGCUAAAAAUGAAGCGUCCGCGGCGCCGCGACAGCGAUUGCUCAACAGUAAAGUCAUUUCCGCUAGUCUGGGCAAAGGUCGCCAUAUACAACUUUCCCAGCCAAUUCGGAUGAUUCUGAAACAUUUGAGGACAAAGAACGUUUCCAAUCCGGCCUGCGUCUUCUGGAACUACAUUGACCACGCAUGGUCCGAAGAUGGAUGCACCGUAGAGUACACGAACGCCACCCACACCGUUUGUAUGUGCAACCAUUUGACCAACUUUGCCCUGUUGAUCGACGCCAUAGACGAAACGCAACUCUCGCUUCUGUCCAUCAUCGACGACGACAUCAAAAUCCUCAUCUACAUCAGUAUGGCCAUCUGCGUCGUGAUAGUCAUAAUCGCCCUAUUCGCGCUGAAACUCUUCAACGGAGUUUUCUCCAAGGUUCGCCGGCGUAAUCACCAGAUGGCCAACAAUGCGGCGGCGGAUUUGCAUUUGCCGAACCAUCUGCAGCACCAUGGCCUUAUCGGUGCCGGGGGCGGUGAUCUGGACGUAAACAUUCACCCGCAUCAGCAGCAGUACAAUAGCGCUGGUCUGAUGCCACACGGCCCGUCGGAUGGUGGUGGAGGCGGCCACCUAAUGCGUCCCGGCCUUGGCCAUCACAAUCAUCACAACAACAAUAACCUUGUUACGACUACGUUCAACAAUCUGGGCACCGGUGGUGGUGUCGGUGGACCCGGCCUCGGAGGCUACGAAACGACUCCGCACCAUCGGCUGGCCGCGCAGGAGCGUAUCAAUAACAAUGUAAAUGCCACUAAUAAUCACGCUUUGACAUAUCGCGCUAAUAAUAAUAAUCAAAUCAAUUUAUUACGUUCAGCAAAUCAGCAGCAGCCGCAGCAAGCUACUGUUACUACCUUACAAACCACAUCAUCAGCAUCUAUAAUCGCAACCGCCGGCGUCGGUCUCCACGGGGGCGGUGGCGGUAAUGCGAGCAUAGGUGGCGGUAGCAGCAGUGGCAGCAGCGGUGGUGCCGAGAUGGCCGUGUACAAUCUGACCGAAACGGGCACCGCCGCCACGUCCACGUCCACGUCGUCGAGUGCGGCGGCCAUCAGUGCCAGUAGCAUACCGCUGCUGCACCACCACCACCAUCACCAUCUGCAUCAUCAUCUGCACCAGCAUCACCAUCUGGGGGGUGGUGGCGGAGGUGGCGGCGGCGGUGUCAUCGGAAUCGAAAUGGCCGGCGGUCGGGGUAGCAUCAGUGCCGUCAGCAUCGGAAGUAGCGGUAAGCGGAAUCUGUAGCGAGAGCGUGUGCUAGGGUUAUAGGUGUUGUGUAUUAUGAAAGGACAGACCCUGUUGGUUUAAUAAUUGUACAGUUACACUGCUUUUUAAAAAAAGCUCAAAAGAGAUAGAGAGAUUGAACGAAUGCUGAUAGGAAUGUACAGAGUGUGCGAUAUCUCGCGUUGUUAUUUUGUAUGAUAGGUAAACGCGGCGUGUGUUAUAAGAAAAGACUGGAGCUUCCGGUUAGCGUGGUCCAUUCCCGUGUGUAUCGCCGCCAGCUGGGUGGACUUCGAGCGGGGAAAGGUACGUGACGUGAGGAUAGGGUGUAUAAAUUGCUCGCAAUUUCCGUCUUGCCAGCGCAAGGAUCUUCCACUCCGGAGAAGGAGCGUGUGUGUGCUUGGGGAAAUCUAUUUCCGUGUAGCUAUCGUGUGUAUUGCUUUCGAGAAUAUGGAUAGGGUGGAUUGCUGAAAUACCUCGUGGACUUUUUUACUGUCCUUGCUGCUGCCGUGCUAUAUCGCACGUGAAUUAUUCGAUACCGAGACCGGGGGUAUGUAUAUCCUGCUAAAGUAUGCUUAUACCCCGCCGCACCGUAAACACCGUGUGCCCGUGGUCCCGACCCGGCAGCAUUGACAAGAUGAUGAAUGUUGGCAGAAUGGGUUUCCGAGAUUUAUGUAAUGCCACACUCGAUUGCGAAAGCUAACGAUAUGCUCUUUCUCUCUCUCUCGCUCUCUAACACCGGUAUUUUGGUUCUCCAAUAUCAAUCGACUCGACAGGCAGCCAGCAGCGGCAGCACCGCUGCCGUAUGUGCUGCGAUGUGCGGUUGCAGUAUGUUGGGAAUUUGCUGGAAUCUGAAGGAUGUUCUCGAAAUGGCAUUCCAAAUUGCAGCAUUUGUAUCAAUCGACAUGUUGCUCUGGCGGCGGGGUGUGAGAGACUAAUUGAAUUUCUAGAGCUAACGGUGCAGGAUAAGUACUGUUAAUCGGCGAAUUAAUGAUGUGCUGACUUUUUUAUAUUAUUGUUGAGAGUGAACGAAGAUCAAAGAUCUUGAGUCUUUGGAUCAAAUUGCUAUGAAUAACGAAAUUGUGAUGGAAUAACUCAUGUGAUUUACAACGGCAUUUCUGGUAUUAGAAAGCAUCCUGCAUUUGCGGCAUUUGUGCCAUCGCGAUAAAAAUUAGUCAAUCUGAGACAUCAAUCGAAGUGUAAAUUUGUACGUUACCUAUUUAUCAUGUCACUCAAGGAUUUUUUUAGUGCCAUCAAAGAUUCUAAAAUACAGUGCUUUAUGAAUUUAUUUGAGUUUCCUCCAGGAAUUUUUCUGAGUAUUCUCCCAUUAGUUGUUCGAAAACCUCUAAAAAUAGAGGUUCUUACUAAGGGUCUGUCUCAAUUGGGAUAUUAACCCUAAAAGGGAUACCUUCAUGGCCUCAGUUUCGCCACCUCGCUGAGUGUGUUCCACCAAAGACGAGCUCUGAAAGCGCCUGGGGUCCAAAUGGACCCCAGGUAUCCCUUUUAGGGUUAAAAAUAAUUUUAUGCAAUUCAGUAUCAUAAUUUACAUUUUAUCUAACUCAUUUUGGUAUCAUAAUGGCUAUUUUUUCCGAACUGGUUCAUUAUGCAACUGAAAUGAGUUGCAUAAUGAAAAAUAGUUGUAUAAUG